ACACCUACUGGUAGUGCAGCGGUACUACAAGUAACAUCAGCUUCCUAUACGCAUAGAAUGACGUGUUUUUGUAUCCCUACACCCACUUACCUCAGCUACAACCUUCCGGAGUAAAAUGGAAGACAUUUUGUGUUUUAAUAAAUAAAAACGUAAAUUUAGUUGUUGACAGUUGUUUUACACAUACCGGAGCAUGCGCACUGACGCUCUGUGAAACUCGCUGUUCGCCGUGAUUAUCGUUUACCGGUAGUUAAUCUCCGUAGGAAUACGUUGCGUAACGUUACCAGAGCCGGUUAUGGCGUUGUUGAGUCGUGCCGGACCACGAGGUGUCUGUAUUCAUCGUUAUUCCGGUAUUGGUGUGUGUAAAGAGACUUGUGGCUAUGGCUGGUGUGUUUGAUAUCGACCUGGACCCGCCGGAGGACAACGUGUCGGACGAGGAGCUCGCCGACGGGGCCAAGAGUAAUGAAUGCAUGGACCAGUGCAGUGGCUUUGAAUUUAUGGAAGACUGCGAGAAGUUCGAGAUCUCCGAGAACAGUGUGAAUCAAGGCACGGAGCAGAUUCGUCCGGAAUGUUUUGAGUUGCUUCGUGUUUUGGGUAAAGGAGGAUAUGGCAAGGUUUUUCAAGUUCGCAAGGUAACAGGGGCAGAUUCUGGGAAGAUAUUUGCCAUGAAGGUCUUGAAAAAGGCCAUGAUAGUUCGCAAUGCAAAGGAUACUGCUCAUACUAAAGCAGAAAGGAGCAUCCUAGAGGAAGUUAAGCAUCCCUUCAUUGUGGACCUCAUAUACGCCUUUCAGACUGGAGGCAAACUUUACCUCAUCUUGGAGUACCUAAGCGGUGGAGAGCUGUUCAUGCAGCUGGAGAGGGAGGGGAUCUUCUUGGAGGACACAGCCUGUUUUUACCUGGCAGAGAUUUCCAUGGCCUUGGGUCACCUUCAUCAGAAAGGCAUUAUCUACAGAGAUCUGAAGCCAGAGAACAUCAUGCUCAAUAACAAUGGUCAUGUGAAGUUGACAGACUUCGGACUCUGUAAGGAGUCGAUCCACGAUGGUACCGUCACACACACCUUCUGUGGAACCAUAGAGUACAUGGCACCAGAGAUCCUCAUGAGAAGCGGCCAUAACCGAGCUGUGGACUGGUGGAGUCUGGGAGCACUGAUGUAUGACAUGCUGACAGGAGCUCCACCAUUCACUGCAGAGAAUCAGAAAAAAACCAUAGACAAAAUCCUAAAGUGCAAACUGAACCUUCCACCUUACCUCACCCAAGAAGCACGGGACCUUCUGAAAAAGCUGCUGAGAAGAAACGCAUCAACGAGGAUGGGAGCAGGUCCUAGAGAUGCUUUAGAUGUCCAGGCCCACUCCUUCUUCAGACACAUGAACUGGGAUGAUCUGCUGUCUUUUAAAAUUGAACCUCCCUUUAAGCCUUUUUUGCGAUCAGCAGAUGAUGUUAGCCAGUUUGACUCCAAGUUCACUAGUCAGACUCCCGUGGACAGUCCCGAUGACUCAACACUCAGCGAAAGCGCCAACCAAGUCUUCCUGCAUGAAUCGAGAUCCAUAACCCGUGAUGCCAUACUUGCUUUUUCCAGCCCUGUGAAGGCUGAAGGGGUAGACGGUUGGACUCGGGGUCCACCCUUCCCAGAAUUGCCCACAACCACCUCCUCUCUCCUGCCGCCCACUGAUACGCCCAUGGAGGUGUCUAAUGUGGAGCAGCUGGACAUUAGCAGCAACAUGGAGGUGUCAGCCCCUCUCCCCAUCAAAAAACCAUCCAACACAGGGCCAUUCGUGAAACCAACUCACCCAGCGGGUGGCAGGAGACCCAAGCAUUUAAGGAUGAAUCAUUGAUGAACGUCUUAAGUUUUGUAUUUUAGGAAUUUAUCAAAUUACCCAAAAGGCCUUUCUGCACCCAGUUUCUGUCUCUUAAACACUUGCCGCACUAGUGUACUUCAUGCAAGCAUGCAGAGCUGUGACCUCUCUCUGCUUGCAUUAUGGUGAGGGGGGCUGCUGCUUGCGAUGAAAAAGAGAACACCUUGUACUCUGAGCAUGAAUUUCACAGUUUAUCUUUUCUAUGCCAUGCUCAUGCAAAACAUAAGGGAGAAUACAUAGUAUCUUCUGUUGUAUAUUUGAAGUUUGAUCUGAGACACUGAGUUUGAGCCACUUGUUACUGUGUUUUGCUUGACUGUAUGUUCUAACUACAAGUAACUAUUUAAAUGGAUAGUUCACCCAAAAAAUAUAAAUUCUGCCAUGUACUCACCUUUGUCAUUCCAAACCUGUAUAACUUGCCUUCUUUCUUCUGUGGAACACAAAAGAAGAUUUUCUCAGCGUUUUGUUGUUUUAGACCGAUUGACUUUCAUUAUGUGGACAAACACAGUUGUAUCGUGCUUCAAAAUGUCUUCUGUUGUGUUUCACAGAAGAACAGAAAGUCAUACAGGUUUGGAAAGACAUGAGGGUAAAUGAUGACAUAAUAUUAAUUGUUUGGUGAAUUGUCUUUUUAAAAUGGCAAGACGAUCCAGGUCUACAUUCUUGAGGAAUCUGUCUGAUUUGCUUUGUUUUUGAUUCUUAAUUCAUCAAUAGUUGUUAGGACCCCUAGAAUCACAGAUGUAGGGUACUUGGAGCUCUAUAGUCGUGUUAGUCUAACCUACCAAUGAUAAACUAUGAAGUAAAAAUGUAAUUUUUUUUUCUUUGCUGCAGGUUCAUGAGACAGUGUUAGAUGACCUCAAGGCAUUAUUCUCUUAUUUUGAUCUGCUCUUGAUUACAUGUAAAAUUCAUACAUUCAAGUAUGAAUCUACCUGCACUCUGGGCAUCAAAUCACUGUUUUUCUUUUCAACAGUAAAAAGCUAUUUAACAACCAAUUUUCUGACCAAAGAAUUUUAAAAAUACUAUAUUACUAUAUAAUACUGGAUAAAUCCUCAUAAUCCAGAGUACAGUUACUUCUUUCUAAGCCACAUCCAAAAACACAAAUUCCAGUAAUACUACUGACUUUAAACAGAAUGCUUAUUUAAUUUAUUUAAUUUUUAAUCCUAAUAUUGAAGACACCAAGACGAGUUUUGAAAUAGUUUCCUUAACACGUCCCCUAUCAGUAAUUGAUUUUUGUCCCCCCUGAAUAUGUGUUUUGACCUAUUUAUUUUUCAGGUGCUGUAUAGAUUUGUAAACUAUGCAAAUUAUUUAUUCUUUAUAGUCAAAAAUGCUAUUCAGGAUUUAGCCGGAUUAGUAACAUGAACACAUGCCUUCUUUCUACAAAGGUGUUGGGAGUCAAAACAAUUUUAUUAUUCUCUGGGACAUUAAAAAUGUGAUUUUAAAUAUGUUUUCAGGAUGUGCACUGUACACUAGAAAACCACUGGAUUAUUUAUUGUUUUAUUGAAUUUUGAUUAAAUAAGCUUGGAUAUAUGUGGUUAAGGGGAAAGAAAAUCUCUAUUCUAUAUCAAUCCAGAAUGAUGGAAGCAUAAUAAAGUAGUAAAUCUUUCCCAAAAAACAAAAAAAAGUAUUUAUUUCAUUGCUGUACAUAGACAUGAUUCUUCAUGAAUGUUGGUGCUCUUUCCUUGUAUUAUAGUUCUUACAGAUACAGUAUGUAUUGUAUGAUGAAGUGACUCCUUGAACCGGUGGACACUGAAUCUGCAUCUUGUUAAGAUUGUGCUGUACGUAAGCCAUCUUGGGUGGUUCUUUGUAUCGUGUUUCACAGGCAUUCCUGUGCUCAUAGAAGUGUUAUUGUUAUCAAUGAACAUCUGCGUGUGAGGCUG